GCGCCUGCGCCGAGGGAGGCUUUCGGCGGCCGGAGGCGGCGGGGAGGGAGGUGGCCGUGGGGCAGCGGUACCAGGAACUGCUCCGGCUGCGCCGGGGAAGGGACGAGGAAACACCCGGCGGCGCGCGGCGGCCCCAUGGGGCCUUGAGGACGCGGCCCCGGCCACGGAAGGGUGGUUGCGCGGAGUCGGCGGGAGGAUGGAGGGCCAAGGGGCCCCGGGCGCUGGCGGCGGCGAGGAGCCGCUGGGCUCUGGCAGGAUGAACCCGAAGCGGGGCGGGCGCGCCGCGGAGGAGGAGAGCCGGAACAAGCCCAAGCUGAAUAUCCAAAUAAAAACUUUGGCAGAUGAUGUGCGUGACAGAAUAACAAGCUUCAGAAAAUCAGCAGUGAAAAAAGAGAAACCUCUUAUUCAGCAUCCUAUCGAUGCUCAACCAACUAUAAGUGAAAUCCCACUUUCCCAAGUACUCGUUGAUGAACGUUGCAUGAACUUGUCAGAAAAAGAAGUUAUGGAUCUCUUUGAAAAAAUGAUGGAAGACAUGAAUUUAAAUGAAGACCGUAAAGCUCCUUUAAGAGAUAAAGACUUGACCACAAAACGUGAGAUGGUUGUCCAGUACAUUUCUGCAACUGCCAAAUCUAUAGUCGGAAGUAAAGUUCCGGGUGGAUUGAAAAACAGCAAGCAUGAAUGCACACUGUCCUCACAAGAAUAUAUUCAUGAAUUACGAUCUGGAAUUGCAGAGGAAAAGCUUCUUAAUUGUCUAGAGUCUUUGAGAGUGUCUCUAACCAGCAAUCCAGUUAGCUGGGUUAACAAUUUUGGACACGAAGGUCUUGGACUUAUGCUGGAUGUGUUGGAAAGGCUUCUGGACAAGAAACAGCAAGAAAAUAUUGAUAAGAAGAAUCAACAUAAACUUAUCCAGUGCCUCAAAGCAUUUAUGAACAAUAAAUACGGAUUGCAAAGGAUUCUAGGAGAUGAAAGAAGUCUCUUACUAUUAUCAAGAGCAAUUGAUCCAAGGCAACCACACAUGAUGACAGAAACAGUGAAAAUACUUUCUGCUCUUUGCAUCGUUGGAGAGGAGAAUAUGCUGGACAAGCUUUUAGGAGCUAUAACAACUGCUGCUGAGAGGAACAAUAGAGAACGCUUUUCUCAGAUUGUUGAAGGACUGGAGAAUCAUGAAUUCUUACAACUGCAGGUAGCCUGCAUGCAGCUCAUCAAUGCCCUUGUUACAUCUCCAGAAGAACUUGAUUUCAGGAUACACCUGAGAAAUGAGUUUUUACGCUGUGGCCUGAAGAAAAUAUUGCCUGCCUUGAAAGAUAAGGAGAAUGAAGAGCUUGAUAUUCAGUUGAAAGUGUUUGAUGAGAACAAAGACGAAGACUUGCUUGAACUGUCACAUCGUCUCAAUGAUAUCAGAGCUGAAAUGGAUGAUAUGAAUGAAGUAUAUCACCUGUUGUAUAAUAUGUUGAAAGAUACUUCUUCUGAAAACUACUUGUUGUCAAUUCUCCAACACUUCCUUCUCAUCCGGAAUGAUUACUAUGUCAGACCUCAGUAUUACAAGAUAAUCGAAGAAUGCGUAUCACAGAUAGUAUUGCACUCCAGUGGUAUGGACCCAGAUUUUAAAUGCAGAGGAAGAAUGGAUGUGGAUUUUACUCACCUUGUUGAUGCAUGUGUGGACAAAGCUAAAGUAGAAGAGAGUGAAAAAAAGGCAGCAGAAUUUUCCAGAAAAUUUGAUGAAGAGUUCACAGCUCGACAGGAGGCACAAGCGGAACUGCAGAAACGAGAGGAGAAAAUCAAAGAACUUGAAACAGAAAUCAAACAGCUACGAACACAGGUAAUAAAACUAAAUUACACAGCACCACCUCCUCCUCCACCGCUGCCUGGUGAAGCAGUGCCACCUCCUCCGCCGCUGCCUGGUGAAGCAGUGCCACCCCCUCCACCACCACCGCCGCUGCUGCCUGGUGUAACAGUGCCACCUCCGCCACCACCGCUGCCUGGUACAGAAGUGCCACCUCCACCUCCGCCGCUGCCUGGUGGAACAGUGCCACCUCCGCCACCACCACCACUGCCUGGUGCAGCAUUGGCACCUCCACCACCACCACUGCCUGGUGGAGCAGUGCCACCUCCACCGCCACCGCUACCUGGUGGAGCAGUGCCGCCUCCACCACCACUUUUUGGUGGGCCUCCUAUGCCACCACCUCUUGGAGGUGUUCCUUUUGCUCCCUUUCCAGUGAUACCAGCAUUACCACAUGGAAUGAAGGAGAAGAAAAAAUAUAAGCUGGAGGUUGCUAUGAAGAGAAUCAACUGGUCAAAGGUUGAGCCCCAAGAAAUAGCAGAAAACAGCUUUUGGGUAAAAGCUGAAGAAGAUAAAUUUGAAAGCCCAGAAUUAUUUGCAAAACUGGCAAUCACCUUUGGAACACAGGUGAAAGCUAAAAAGGCGAUAGAAGAAACAGAAGAAAAGAAAGUAGCUCAGUCGAAGAAAAAGAUUAAAGAAUUAAGAGUUUUGGAUGGAAAAACUGCACAAAACUUAUCAAUAUUUUUGGGUUCUUUCCGUUUGCCUUAUGAAGAAAUAAAAAAUAUAAUUUUAGAGGUUGAUGAAGAGAAGCUGAGUGAAUCCUUGAUUCAGAACCUAGUGAAGAAUCUUCCUGAGCAGAAAGAACUUAAUGCCUUAGCUGAAUUGAAGGAUGAAUAUAAUGAUCUUGCUGAGUCAGAACAAUUUGGAGUUGUGAUGAGUUCAGUGAAAAUGCUGCGAUCACGUCUCAAUGGGAUCCUUUUCAGGCUUAUGUUUGAAGAACACGUAAACAAUAUAAAACCUGACAUUAUGGCGGUUACAAUAGCCUGUGAAGAGCUGAAGAAGAGUGAAAGCUUUAGCAGGCUUUUAGAGUUAGUGCUAUUCCUUGGAAACUACAUGAACUCUGGUUCCAGAAACGCACAGUCUCUUGGUUUUAACAUCAGUUUUCUUUGCAAGAUUAGAGAUACUAAAUCAACAGAUCAGAAAACAACCUUACUGCAUUUUCUGGCAGAAAUCUGUGAGGAGAAUUACCGGGACAUCUUAAAAUUCCCAGAUGAACUGCAGCAUGUUGAGAGUGCAAGUAAAGUUUCAGCCCAGACUCUGAAGAGCAACCUUGAUUCAAUGAACAAUCAAAUCCAGCGCCUAGAGAAUGACAUUGAGAAUUUCCCUAAGACACAAGAUGAACAUGAUAAGUUUGUAGAAAAGAUGAGCAGCUUCGCUGAGAGUGCGCGAGAACAGUAUGAAAAACUGUCCAACAUGCACAACAACAUGACUAAAUUGUAUGAAAAUCUGGGAGAAUACUUUAGCUUUGAUCCCAAAGCAGUAAGCAUAGAAGAAUUCUUUGGCGAUCUGAGUAACUUCAGAACUCUGUUUUUGGAGGCUGUAAAAGAAAACAACAAAAGAAGAGAAAUGGAAGAAAAAAUGAAAAGAGCCAAACUGGCAAAAGAAAAGGCUGAACGAGAGAAACUGGAGCGACAGAAGAAGAAACAGCAGUUGAUUGAUAUGAACAAAGAGGGUGAUGAGACAGGAGUGAUGGAUAGUCUGCUUGAGGCCUUGCAGUCAGGAGCAGCAUUCAGAGAUCGCAGGAAACGAACACCAAGGGGACACGAUAACAGACAAGUAACUUUGGAAAGGUCUCGUUCUCGCCACAAUGGAACAAUCGCAGCUGUAUGAUUCUUCUGAUGCCAAAGAAUUUAGUUUUGAAGAAUUGUUUUAUUAACAAUUAAAUGGAUAUACUUUGAAAUGAGUUUAUCAUACAAAUUGGCAGUGAUCAUAAAAUAAUACUGGUAUUGAUUAAAUGAAAUAGAUGUACAAAUAUGUAUUUUAAAAGCUAUUGCUAAAUAAUCCACAUACUGUGUCUUAUUACCCCAACUACCAAGAUCUGUAAACAGUGUUAAACAGUAAGGUCUCACUUUCUUAUGUUCUUUCUCUUUUUUUCUGUUUGGUUGUUUUUUGUUUUUUCAAGCUGGCAACUUACACAAAGGGAGUUGGGGAUUUCUAGGAUAUGUUUUUUAUGGGUAAGAAAAUACUAUUUUGUUGAAAGAAUGCAGCUGUGGAUUCCAUUUGAAGUUCAUUUGGACAUGAAAGGAAAAAACAAUAAAAUUGUAUGUUAAUAAAUUCAGAGAUGAGCUGAUGUACAAUAUCAGAAUCAUUUUUGUAACCAUAAAAAAAGCAAUGCAUAAAAACCUGGUCAGGUUGCUGGAAAUCUUAUCUCAAUGUAAAGCCUGAUGGAUCCAGCAAUUUUGGCUGCAAGUAGGAUAAUACCACAUAUCUACACUUUUGGUGAUUUAAUGAUGUGUAAUUACUUAUCACUGCUAAAAAAUAAAAAAUAAUAAAAAAAAAAGGCAUAGGAUUUUACCAAAAUUAAUUAUAUCAGUGGCAGAAUAUGUUUUUAACUGUAUCUACAGAGGAAUUUUCUAAUUAUGCACUUAUAUAUUCUUUAUACAGAUAUUUGGGGGAAAAUAUGAUUGUCCUAUUUUAAUUAUGCUAAAAAUACCUUUGUGUAGGUUUUCAGAGAUAGGCUACAUUACGAAGCUAUUCAGGACUGCCUCUGAGUUUUUCCUCUGUUUCUCAGGUAAAACAUGUAGCAGGAUCUCUACUUGUGGAUUUUAGUGCUGAUGGUUUAGCAGCUAAGAACGCGUUUUCCACCUGGAGCACUCUAUAGCAGUGAACAAUAAUUGCAGCAGACUGAUUUUUCGGGAAACUACUCCCAUUCUACUUCGUAUACAGGCCCCUGCACUGCAGUACCUCAGGUGAGCAGUCAGUUUAGUAGCUGACACUGUGUAUUGUUCUGCCACUCAAGGGGAAACUACAGUUUCCUUCUCUCACCAGAUUCUAGUUGAAUGUACAGUCUAUUUUGGUGUUCAGAUCAGUCUUCACCAUCCUUACUGAAGGCUCAUUGCUAAUUUGGAUAGGAUGGAAGAUUUUGAGUGGGAGUUCAGUCAAACUGUUUGUAUGUUGUUCAGCUAUGAUAUUUUUUUAAAUGGGAUAUAGUGUAGUAGAUGGCACUUAUUCUCAGAUUAUUACUGCUUUUCACUGAUGAAUUAUUACAAAUACACAUAUUGCCUGGGUUUAUGGAGAAGGUCUUUUUUAAUGUUAUGUAAAGAAUAUUUGGAAGGGAAGGUGUCACAUUAUUUCUGUGCACAAACUGCUUGCUCUAGAGGAGCAUUUGAUACUGGGGUGGUAUAACUUUGCACUACUGCUUGAGCCAAGCAUUUUGUACAAUACAUUCUUUUUGCUUCUCUGGUAAGCUACUUUAAAGACUAUCCAGCUAGAUUGGGAUAAACUCUUAUAAUUUCAAACUAUAUUAAUAAAUAUCCAAUAAGUGAAAGAAAAGAUACAGCUCCUUAUCAGACUAGCAUUGAAUUUCCUUUUUUUAGUCUUCAGAGGAAACAGUUUUUGCCUAUUGCUAUAUCGCUAAACAUACAAAUGCAACUGAAACCUGGUGAAAUGUGCACUGUCAACUAAUACUCUACCGAAACUGUUUGGGGCUUUUUGUGAUUUUUAGUAAUAAAGUAAAAGACUUGUAUGGUACUUCAGGAGA